AUCGCUACAACCGAGGGCGGGCGCGGAGCCGGAGCAGGCAGUGCCCGCUGCGAGGGACCGGCACCGCGGCCACGGGAAUUAGGGCUGUCGCCGCCGCAGCGUUUGCCGUGACGAUGGGACGCUAGGAUCGCUCCGUGCUACUUAGCGCUAUUUUUUUUUUCUUGAUUUUUUUUUUUUUUUUUUCGUUAUUUCAUUUUGAAUCGUUUCUCGCCUCCCGCCGCCCCACGCCUUCUCCCCAACAUGGAGGAAGCCCUUUGAUGCCGCCCCCGCCGCCCCGGCCCGGCCGCAGGGCGCUGAGCUCCGGAUGCCGCCGCGGCGGGUGGGAAGCGGCGCUUUGCCCGCGGACACCGCGAAUGUCACCGGCGCAACGUGAGGGGCGCGCGGGGCGCCGGGGCGGCUGUGGCUGCGGCUGCUGUGUGCGCUGUGUGCGCCGUGUCCCCGUGCCGUGCUCUCGGUGAUCGUUCCGGUCGCCCAGCGGGACCCUGCGGACGCGGCGCUGUCGGCUCUGAAGACGCGGUGGGGAGCGGCUUUACCCCCCCAACCCCCCUCCGGGUUAAUCGGUAACGCCGUGCGAACCCAGCUGGAAAAUGCGCCGAGCUCCGGACUGACAGGGAGGAACGGUGCGGUGCCGACGAGACGCCGGGCUGUGCGUGCGGUUGGGGCUCGCGUUUUUGUGACCUCCCUCAUCGACCCCCUUCCUUCUUUUUCUUUUUUUUUCCCCCCCUUUUUUUUUUUGUUGUUUUUAUUUUUUUCCUCAUCCCCAGAAGGAAAGUGCAGCCGAGCUUUCAGAUGGCUCAGGAAAAUCCCUAACAACCUGUGACACCAUGACGGCCCGCUGCUGACCGCCCCCCCCGCCCGCUGCCGGGCCGCCGUCACCGCGGAGCCGCGCCCGGGGCCGAGGAGCGCAGAGCCGAGCCCGGCGGUGCGGAGGGACCGAUGGCAGCGCCCCGGCGGGGAACCGAGCCGAGGGACUCGGCCCGUUAGCAAAGCCAGGCGGGGGGAACGUACCAACGGGAAGGAGAGAGAGAGAGAGAUACGCGUAUAUAUAUAUCUCGUAUAUAUACAAUUGAGAAGUGUUCCCCAGGUGGCCACAAAGCAUGGGCUGUGCUCCAAGCAUCCACAUCUCUGACAGCAGAGUGGUCUAUCACAGUAGCAAAGAGUCUGAGGAGUGCCAUUCCCCUCACCAGACCAACACCACCAUGUCUCAGCAGCAGCAAGGCAACCCCGUCCCGGGAUUAUUCAUUAAAUCCUCCAACACAUCCACUUAUAAAGUGAGGACUAAUUCCUCUAAGAAAGACAAGAGGGAGAACAGCCAGAGCAUGGAGGCAGAGACCCAGACCAGCAGAUCCAGUGUUAAGACACCAGUUACAGAUGUGCAGUUUGGCCCUAUGAGACUUCAUCAAGAUCAACUUCAGGUACUUCUAGUGUUUGCCAAAGAGGAUAACCAGAGCAAUGGGUUCUGCUGGGCCUGCGAGAAAGCUGGAUUUCGAUGUAAUAUCGCCAGAACACCCGAGUCUGCACUGGAAUGUUUUCUCGAUAAACACCAUGAAAUUAUCAUUAUAGACCACAGACAUUCCAGAUACUUUGAUGCAGAAGCACUGUGCAGGUCUAUCAGAACAACGAAACCCUCAGAAAAUACAGUCAUUAUUGGUGUAGUACGAAGGCACGCUGAUCGUGAAGAGUCGUCGAUAUUGCCCCUGAUAUCUGCUGGUUUCACAAGGAGAUAUGUAGAAAAUUCCAAUAUCAUGGCCUGUUACAAUGAGUUAAUUCAGCUGGAAUUUGGAGAGGUGCGGGCACAAUUCAAACUAAGGGCUUGUAAUUCAUUAUUCACAGCAUUAGAGAAAAGUCAAGAAGCCAUUGAGAUCACAAGUGAAGACCAUGUAAUACAGUACGUCAAUCCUGCAUUUGAAACAGUGAUGGGCUAUCAAAUAGGUGAAUUAAUAGGAAAGGAACUAACAGAAGUGCCUAUAAAUGAAAAAAAAGCUGAUUUCCUAGAUACCAUUAAUUCCUGCAUAAAGAUAGGAAAGGAAUGGCAAGGAAUGUACUCUGCAAAAAAGAAGAAUGGAGAUAGCAUACAACAAAAUGUGAAGAUAUUACCUGUCGUUGGACAGGGGGGAAAGAUUAGACACUAUGUGUCAAUUAGUAGACUGUGCAAUGACAACAAUAAGGCGGAGAAGACAUGUGAACGUGUUCAGGCUGAAUCUCAGACAGAUAUUCAGAGUUCCAGACACAAAGACAGGAGGAAAGGAUCACUAGAUGUCAGAUCCACAACAUCUCGAGGGAGUGAUGGCAGCUCACAAAGGCGGCACUCUUCUAUGGCUAGGAUACAUUCCAUGACUAUUGAAGCACCAAUCACCAAGGUAAUAAACAUCAUCAAUGCUGCACAAGAAAGCAGUCCAAUGCCAGUUGCAGAAGCGUUAGACCGAGUUUUGGAGAUAUUAAGAACCACUGAACUGUAUUCUCCACAACUGGGAACGAAGGAUGAGGAUCCACAUACAAGUGACCUCGUUGGAGGGCUGAUGACAGACGGUCUGCGAAGAUUAUCAGGGAACGAAUACAUAUUGGCAGCAAAACAAACUCAUCAGGUCGCUGGCAGCUUGAUCUCUCCCAUCUCCCUCAAUGACAUACCCCCCCGGAUAACACAGGCAAUGGAAAAUGAAGAACACUGGGAUUUUGAUAUCUUUGAACUUGAGGCUGCCACUCAUAAAAGGCCUCUGGUUUAUCUGGGUCUCAAAAUAUUUGCUCGCUUUGGAAUCUGUGAAUUCCUGAACUGCUCAGAAUCAACCCUGAGGUCGUGGUUACAAGUUAUUGAAGCUAACUACCAUUCCUCCAACUCCUAUCAUAAUUCCACCCACUCAGCAGAUGUGCUACAUGCCACUGCUUAUUUCUUGUCUAAAGAAAGAGUCAAGCAAACUUUGGAUCCCAUUGAUGAAGUUGCUGCACUUAUUGCUGCCACAGUCCAUGAUGUGGAUCACCCAGGAAGAACAAAUUCUUUCCUGUGCAAUGCUGGGAGUGAGCUCGCAAUUCUCUACAAUGACACCGCAGUGCUGGAGAGCCAUCAUGCUGCCCUGGCUUUCCAGCUCACCACCCGGGAUGACAAAUGCAAUAUAUUUAAAAACAUGGAAAGGAAUGAGUAUCGAACCCUUCGCCAAGCCAUUAUUGACAUGGUCCUAGCAACAGAAAUGACAAAGCACUUUGAGCAUGUCAACAAGUUUGUCAACAGCAUUAAUAAACCCUUGGCAGCGCUAGAAGAAAAUGGGAAUAAUGGUGAUGGGGAUUCAAUCAAAAAUGUUCUCACGUCUCCUGAAAACCGCAUCCUCAUCAAACGCAUGUUGAUAAAGUGUGCAGACAUUUCCAAUCCAUGCAGACCUAUAGAGCAAUGUAUAGAGUGGGCCGGACGCAUCUCUGAGGAGUACUUUGCACAGACUGAUGAAGAAAAGAGGCAAGGUUUACCUGUUGUGAUGCCAGUUUUUGACAGAAACACUUGCAGCAUCCCCAAGUCCCAAAUAUCAUUCAUCGAUUACUUCAUCACUGAUAUGUUUGAUGCUUGGGAUGCAUUUGCAGACCUGCCAAAUUUGAUGCAGCAUCUGGAUAAUAACUUUAAAUACUGGAAAGGACUAGAUGAAAGGAAGCUGCGGAGCCUCCGACCGCCACCACCAGAAUAGCAAUUAGACUAUGUAUUACAGUAAGGAUAGCCCAUGCGCUUGGGGAACUUUCAAAUUCAAGAGAACAGGAGGUCAGCAGCUGACUUCCACAAACUACCAUGUAUGGACUCCAAGGAAAUAAGCCUGUCAAGUGGAAUUACACUGGAUUGCUGCAGUACUUGUUCUGAAGGGGGUUUAUUAGUGAACGUGUUUUGCGCUAUCUUCUUACCAGUGUGCAAAGCUGGAAGGCCUUGAAGAAUCCAUACGACGCGGACAUUCACUAGAAGAUUGUGCUUAAUCCUCAACUCUGCAAGUGAAGAAGAAACACCUAUUAAUAGUGACUCACAGCUCCUGUGAGAAAGCUACAUGCUUUUUAUAAGCACUUAGGACAGUUACACAGAACAAUCGGACAUUUAAAAUGCAACUCUCCAUGAAGGAAUUUUUGAUCUAUGAAAAAUAGAUGUACUCUAUUUUUUCACAUCACAGAAGGUGCAAUCAUUCACUUCUGAGCACUACUGAAAGUGAGUUCUCUUUAAGAAAUUUAGUAGCAUAUGUAAAAAUAACACAAGAAUUUUUGAGGUUGAUCGUUAGCAUCUAUGAUUAAAAUGAUAUGUUUUAUUUAUUUUGUUAGAUGUUCAAUAUUUUCUAUGAAUUUAUAAAUACUUAAAAGCCAAAGCCAACUUUAGAUGCAUUACAAAUUUACAUGAUUCAUACUCAUUAAUAUACAUUUAAUUGAUGUACAGACCUUUUAUUUUCAUAAUGCAAAUACAAAAUACUAUACAAUGAUACAUUUUUAUUGCACUGUAAGGAUAGAUGUGUAUGUUUAAAUAUUGUCUGAUUUAUGUUAAUUAAAAUUAAGUUUUAUUGCAAAGGUCUCACUUGAGAAUAGUAGAAUAAACAAGAAAUGUAUACCGAGCACCAGAACCGCAGUAGUUCUCCCCUAAACCAGUGACCACCACCUGAUCUUCCCUUGGCUGCAAAAGAUGAUAAUAACAUGUUGGGACUUUUUGUUUUCUCCCUUGAAAUUUUAUGACUGAAUUCCCUGUCAAAGUCUGCCUUAUUUUAUAUAGUGUUUCUACAGAGCAUUCCACAGCAUAUACGAAGAGGUGUUCCUACACAUCUAACGAAUUUCAGCGUUUUAUAGCCUAUGUAUUUUCCUCUGCCGUGAAAGAAACAGAAAAUAAAGCCACCAACAAAAACGUUCAAUUCAGCAGGUUUGUAAAGGCUGUGUACCUUCACAAUUUGAAUAAAACCUUCAUAGCAAACACCAGAAAAUAAUAAAAUGUAUAUUUUAAGGAGCGUCAAGGUCCGGCCCAUUUCAUUUGGAAUGUACAUGUACUCUGCAGUUUGCAGGCUAACAGAAGCAUGGAAUUCCAUUGGAAAUAACUGCUGUCUGGGGAGGGGAGAAGCUGAGGGGGUUGGACUGUUGUUAAGGUGCUGAAUGGUGGGAUGCGGCUGGUGAGUCCCCCUGCGGCCUGCCCUUGGUGAGUCCAUUGAAGCCCUGUGAGCACUGAGUCAAGGAACCACAGCUGGGAGCCAUGCUGGGCUGUAUUGUGCUGAAGGACUGAGGGAGGAUUCUACCAGCAUUUCCUGUAGGCAGGAAGGCAUUCCAAAAGCACUGAAGGAAUCACUGACUAUUGUCAAUUCAGAGGCAAUGGACUGACUUUAGAAAAGAGGCAUUUUGAACUGUUCUUCAGGAAACACAAGCUGAGGAGAUGUGGAUGAUGGAGCGGUUCAGGGACUGCAGCAGUUGGAGCCCUAAAGCAGGCUCCUGUAUCUAGUUCAAGGAAAGGCUACUCUGGCUCCAUCAAGGGAAGCUACAAAGCGGAUAGGAGAGGAACAGCAGCAGCAUGUGAGUCCAGAGAACGUCUGCAGGAAAGAAGUAAAAAUAUUUCUUCAUAAGCACAGUUAUUAAUGUUCUGGGUUGUAUUGAUGAGCGGUGAAAGCAGUUAAUUUAAUCUGCUUUAAAAAAUGUCUGCUGAAUCAUCACUGAAAAGAAGUGAUCAGUGUGAUUAAUUCCCUGAACUUCACACUGCAUCCCUAAUGCCAUUACUUGGAGUGUAGAGCUAUGCUCAUCAUCCCCUUGUAUCAGCUAGAUUUAUGCCCAUACUGGUGUAUAAUAAUUUCACUUAACGUAAAACAGUAAUUUGCAGCCACUGAGUGCAGCUCUGUUCGUUCUGUUGUCCGUCUGAAUGUUGCUGUUGCCAGGGAAAGAUUAUACUUAAAGUAAGUUUGAAACCAGUGUGCCAGAUCCUCACCCAAGCUGGCUUCCCACUGAGCUUCCCUCUACAGAUACAUCCCUUUUGCUUUUCCAGUCUGGCACCCAGUGAUGGAGCUCUGCUUGGGACAGAAACCACGGGUUUACUGAUGUAGUGCUGGUCUUACACUGUUGAAGGGAUAACACUGGAGAAAAUUGGAAGAGUACAUCUGAAAUGAUUCCCGAUUUCAGGCAAGCCAGCAGUCUUUGACAGCGUCUAUGUUUUUCAUUUAUUCUUGCUUUAAUGCUAAUAUGAAAGUAAAUUGCAGCAUAGCCGAGAUGAUGGGGAGUUUUCUUAUUCACCUCUAGGGUUUUAAUCUUACAGUGCAUUUUAAAACUGAAUAAGGUUCAGCAAUUCAGCAUUAAAUGAGCCAUUCAGAAUUACUGGCUGCUUUUCGUGCUGCAUAUUUUCAAUCAGGUCAUACUGCUGCUAAAGCCGGGUAUCAGAUUUACCAGCUUUCAGGUGAGUCUGGAACUCUUCUGAUCUGGUAACAAAAAAGUUUGUUCUUUAGCAUGAAUAUCUUGGUCCCUUCAAGAGGCAGGUAUAAAAUUCUUGGUCAUAACUGCUUCCUCCGAUAGGAGAAACCAGACAGGUAUUGCACACAGCCACCUCAUCGCAAGUCUGAAUCUGGCUUUCAUAUCACAGUUUUCCCAGUGACCAUUUAUAAGUUAAAGAUCGCCUACAAUUGAAGGAAUGUCUUCAUUUUUGUUCCAGUGCUGCGUCUCAGUAGAGAAAUCACUGAUAUGACAUUUAAGAAAAUGUGUCAUGAACGCGAAGGUGUUCAAGCAGUGACAAAGCCAUUCCUACAUAAAAGAGGAGAAAGGAUAAUAACAUUAAACGUCUACUAAUCCCUCACAGGAUGCUCAGAAACAGCACAAGGGAAGUGUAGUGUAGUCAGUUGUGUCCUGUGAGGCGAGGAGGGUUUGAGUCAUGACUGAGUGGAGCUCUCUGAAGUGAAAUCUCGGAGCUAUUGGCAAGCUUCAAAACAAAUAAUCUCUGCUGACGUGUGACAUCACGCCUCCAAGGUACAGUGGUCCCAGGGGUGUUCGUUAAAUGAGAGUGGGAUGGAUUGCAUUUCAUCCUGACGUGGUAUUCGGAUGCAGGAAACAAGCUUUCAAAUUACUGCCGUAUCCCUGUGCAGUCUGUAGUGCUGGUUCAGAACGAAGGGGACAUCCAAGUGCUUCACAUAUUUCUUUGUUCUGCUGCAAAGAUGGCUCUGUAGGCAAAGGGUUUCUGAAUGCUUUCUCUUGUUGCCUGCUUUGAACAUUACUGGGACAGUGUCUUGUGUUUUCAUUUUCUUUCCUUAUUUAACAGCUUUAAGAAUCUCCUCCCACGCUUCCCAAACAAACCUCAGCAAAUUUAGCUUUGCUAACCAUGCCUGGUUAGAAUCCUCUAUAACAAGCAAGGCAACUGAAUUUAAAAGGCCCGGGGACUUAGAGCCACUAAGCAAAAUGGGCUUGAGGCUUCUAAAUGCCUUUCAGCUCCUGAACCUUCAGGCCAGCCUCUGGUCUAACAGUGUUUCUCCAGUCAGGGAAAGGGUUCUCAUCUUCCUGUAUUCCACUUUUUCCCUUUCAGAACAAGAAAGUUGUCUUUUUUUUUCUGAUUGAAGUUAAACUGAGCCUGGAAGAACACCCCAUAAUGGCUGAAAGCCUUGUGCUGGUAUCCACAGCCAGGAGAAAGCAAGCGUAGUUAUGUAAAGCAGACUGUGAGCAACGCUUUGCUGCUGCCUGUGGGGUGUACAUGUGUGCAAGGUCUUUUAUAUUCUUCUUCCACAUGCAAACUGAAGUUCAGGAGUUCGCAGGCACCUCAGCCUGUGGGUUUGUGCUGGCAAAUGCAAGCAGCCAUGGACACUUGUUGAAGUCUGAAUCAUUCCUUUCUUGGGUUGCUUGCUCCCCCCCUCGAGUGGCAAGAGUCAUUGCUGGAGCUAAAACUGAUCUUAGUUCAGACCGUGGUAAUUAACAGAAGUUACUUCAUCCUUUAAUCACAUGCACUUCCCUCGUGGUUGAGGAAUAGCACAGCAGUGUUCAGUCUUAGAAAGAAGUGAGGCAUGGACUGCCUGGGUUUGGGGUGGAAGGAGGGAAUGAGCCAGUGUGCCGUCAUUCACAUGAGAAGCUGGUCCUAUCUUUAAUAUUGCACAGUACUGUGAUGUCAGUCCUUCCUCAGCUCCCAUUUAUUAGUUCUCAGCAUUAAGUGCAGCACAGCUUGUAACCAAGCAGAUUAACGUUAUCUGGUGAUCCUGCAGCAAUUCGGGGGGUGGGAUAGGGGUGUCACUACUUGGUCUUCAGCCUGAAGAUGAAAUGGAAUAUGGAAUAUGCUUGACAAGAUUCCCUUGGUGUCUGGAGUAUGGAACAUACAAGGAGCAUUGCUUUUCCACCAGGUCCCUUCUGGCCUAAAAUAAAUGGGUUUUGGGGGUUACGUGUCACAUUAGACACAGCAAAUACGCGGUACCCCCAACACAACGCCCUCAGCUCCCAGCUCAACGCAGCCCCGCCCGCCAUCACGCAUGCGGCCCGGGCCGGGCAAUGGCGCCGCCCCGCAGCGCCCGGAAGCGCCGCGCAGCCUUCAGGAAAUGGCGGCGCUGCGGGGUGGGCGCGUGGUGUCAUGGCGGUGCGGCUCGAAAACAUGUUCCUGUUGCUGCCUUAGCAGCCUCAUAUGCCGUCCUGCUCCUGUGAUCUGCAGAUUCAUUGAGCCAGCAACAUAAUGGCAGAGCUGUUUUGGUACCCUUAGAGUCUCCGUUGCACAGUGUGCAAGUACCUCAUAGCUGGCUCAGCAAAUCAGUCCUUGCAGCACACCUGUGAGAUUGCUGUGGAGUCCCAGGGACUGGGUUAGUAAAACAUCAGAGACGAGCAGCUCAUCCUGAAGCAGGAAUACAGGUCUUUCUCUAAUUGUAAAGAAGAGCAUGGCGUUCAGAUUUGGCAGAUAAAGGUUAAAUACGCUCCGUUGUAUGGAAGCUGAACCUUGAAUCAAGGCAUACGUUUUUAACUGAAGGAAGAAAAAGGUGUUAGAACAACCCAGCGGUGUGGUGCUGUCUCAUCACUUUGUUCACUGUACGCUUUGGCUGCUGUUCUGUGGUACAGCCUCGCAGUAUGUUAGCAGAGCUUUCCUGGCCACCUUGUGCCCUGUGCAUUGACAGUGGUUGCUGGUUUGUUCACCUGUUUGUAGGAGACACAAGUUGUGCUCACUGCAAGACACUGAGAUUCUCAAUCUGCCUCAUAGGGGGUUUGACAGAGUAAUCAUAACUGCACCUUCUGUCUUGGAGGUCUGUGAAUUCCUGGUGGGUUAAGAAACGAAGCUAUUUGUGCAUGGUUCAGAGCUGCUAAAACCGUAUUGUUUUGCAAGCUGCGAGUCAGUAUGCAAGUGAAGAUGAUAUAAUCACUGCUGUAAGAGCAUAUUCCACUCCUGUGUUUGUGGCUUCUGCAAAGCCCAUUUUGGGAAAACACAUUUCUUCUCUUAAUUUCUCAUCCGUUUGGGUAAAAACAGACAAGCUUUUGGCACACAGUUCUACAUCGAGUCUCUGUAAGUUUUGCCAAGCUUUAUUUAUAAGGACCGUGUCUAUUGUAGAGACAACCUGUUCCUGACAAUCCCCUAGAAUAGAAAAUUUGAACCAAUUAUUUUUGUAAUGAACAUACAAUAAACCUGUUGAAAAGC